AUGACCGCCUCAUGCCAGGCCAUUCAAGGUCGUCGUACACGAACGGCGGGCGGCUUUGAACAAAUUAGUUCUGGAGAUCUGUAUAAACCCCAAAUGAAGCGACAAAAAGAUGUACAGUUGGAAUCGAAGCCAAAGAUACAAAAGCGUACUGAUUUUUUAAAUGACCUGGAUGGACUCCUUGUCAGCUCUAAAAAUUUCAAUAAACUUUUUGUACAGAAAACAAAUCAGGAAUGGAUCAAAACUCAAGUUGAGAAGCUUGUACAAAGUCACAUUCAUUUAUUUAGAUUUAUUGAAGUUUUAACAAACCUUGUUGUAUCUGGAAAUCAUCAUCCACAUGUUGUUCAACAAGUGCUUGUUUGGUUAGAUUAUUGUCUACAACACCAUUCAACUUCUAUGCAAACACCAGAAAUUCAGAAGGUCUUAAAGAAUUUGUGUUCAUAUUACUACGAAAUGUGUGGGAUGGGGAAUAUGUUUUUAAGAGCUGCUAACCGUGGUAGUGCCAUGGAAAAUUGGUCAAAUGUUCAAAAGCUUAUUAGUCACUUCCCUCGUAGAUUUUAUUAUCCGGUUCUACCUAAAACAAAGUUUGUAUACAUUGAUGAUGAAAGCAAUCCUACCGGAAAAUCUAAUGUUCCAUUAAAUUUAUAUAGUUCCGAAAACAAUGAAGAAAAUCUUGAUAUCCUGAAUGAUGAAUAUUUGGAUGUGGAUACAAUGUCAUCUUUGAUGAAAGAUGACUCAGAGUAUGAACAGGAAUCGUUGUAUCAAUCGGUUGAAGAAUCUGAUGCCGGUGUAUUUGAUGUCAAUGAACCUCUGUCACCUGAUACAGAACAGUUUCUUAAUAGUAUAAAUGAUGACUGGGGAGAUGAAAUAAUUUCUUCUGAAGCUGAAAGUGAUUCGGACAAAUUUAUUUAUCCCGAAAUAAAAGAUUCUGAGGACGAUUUGUCUGUAUCAACCGAAAUAUCUUCAACGUCUGUCAAUACAAGUCUGUUUCCGGAUGUUACUGAACAAUUGGGAACCGUUGGGAAUGAUUGUGAUGUUAAUAAUGGUGAGAAAAAUGAGAAAGUUGUUAAACCAAAAGCAAGCAAAUCUAACUGCUCAACCUUAAGUCAAUCUCCAAACAAUCGUCAAAAAAACCGUCGAUCAAGUUCAAGAAUAACUACAUCUCAAAAACAUUGA